GGUUCCAAACUGCUGAUGAAAUCCAGGUGAAUGUGGGCAACCACACAACAAUAGAAUCAACCACCAUGCUUAACGUCAACAGCUUCGAGAUGCAUGAGAACUACAGCACUCAAACCACAGCCAAUGAUGUAGCGAUCCUCAAGGUCGACCCCAUCGACUUCAACGCCAUCUCCAACACCGCCCCAGCCUGCCUCGCCACCGCCGACUACGCUAUGACAGGACAGGACUGCACUGUCGUUGGAUUUGGAGCUACUAGCUUCGGUGGCCAGCAGCCAGAUAACUAUCUCCUGCAAGAAGUGUCGGUUCCAACUUUCGACGGCAACACGUGCGUCGCAGACCAGAACGUCCUCGUCGAGAUGACCGACCCCAACAACCAGGUCUGUGCUGGUCAAGCGGGCAAGGAUUCCUGCCAGGGUGAUUCUGGCGGUCCGUUGUACUGCCAGCAGAAGGGUCGACAGGUUCUGACCGGCGUGGUGUCCUACGGUACAAACUGUGGUCAGGAUGGCUAUCCAGUCGUCUACGCCAAGGUGUCCAGCUACGCUGACUGGAUCGCUGCCCGUUCUGGCUGUUAAACUACAGACGCUUUAUUAGAUGAAUAAAUUUGUUCAGCCUUGAA